AAAAUAAAAUUUCGUAGUCCAGUAAUUAUGUUUAAAAAAGUUUUGUGUUUUUCAUAUAAACCCAAAUCAACAUUACCCUGUGUCCGUACCUAUAAAUGUAAUUUAUUCAUUUUGCUUAUUAUGUUUGCAACUAACGAUCUGUUUGUAUGUAUUCUUGUUGAUGUUUUUAAUAAAGAAAUCGCCCCUGAAGAUGCUGAGAAGGACAGCGCAACGUCGGGCUGGAAAGUGAAGAGAAAACCCUUUUUGUUGCACAGGAUCAAAUAGCCUAAAAUACAAAACACUAUAAAAUUCCAUAAAUUGAUCGUCAACUCAUCGUCAUAUUAUUCAACAUCGGAAGGCCUGCCGAAGUAAUCUCUUUAUCUACAUCAACAACAAACAAACAUACAAGAAACAUGAAGGAUUUUUGCAAGCACAUCAAAUACAAAGACGGGGAACACACCUGCAUAACCCUAAAACACUUUAAAAAGCAAAAACAAAAGCUGGAAAAACAGAUGACACAGCUUCAACUCUUAUUGGAAUGCAGACGAUAUGAGCUUUUACCCAACCACCUGACAAACGCAGCAAAAAACAUAAACUACCACGUCCUGAAAAUGAAAGCAAAAGUAGAAAACACAAAACGACUGUUUCUGAAGAAAAUAUUAAACUUAUAAAUUACACAAACAAAUAUAAACAUAAAAAACACCAAAAACUGUAUAUAUCACGCGAGGCAACAACUACAACGCAGCAGAUAUGGCAUUCCUCUUUAGAAAAAUUCUAGGACGUAAACGAACUACAACUAACUUAAAGGAACGCGAGGACGGAGAGAGAAUUUUGGCGUUCUGACUUGUCAUUGUUUUUUUUUUGAGAGCUUGGUUUUUUGAUACAAGGGAGGAUGGUGCCAAAAACGUGUAUAAAACUGUUGUGGAGAUUCAAUAAAAACUUGGUUAAAUUUUCAUAUGCAUUUAUAUUGGCUAGUUAUUUAUAAUUUACAGUCCACGUUUCGUUUUGCAAGCCGAUUCUAUGAAAUUUUGUGAUUUUGUUGAAUGCGCACAUCACUAAACACGUGUCGCAAUUACUAUCGCACGUAAAAACUUGACAGUUGCGUACAUACAUCGGUAAAAACCUGUUUGAGCCUUCAACGUCUCGUCGCCUGGAAUUGUGUCCAGACUUUCCAAAACCAAUUGGCAAGAGCACAUCAGUGUGAGCCUCCAACGACUGUUCGCCCAGAAGUGUGCCCAGUAACCUGAAUAUUUUGUCAAGUGGCAAGAGCACAUCAGUGUGAGCCUCCAACGACUGUUCGCCUAAAAGUGUGUCCAGUAUUCAGAAUAUUUUUCCAAGCGCCAAGAGCACACCUGUGUGAGUCUCUACCCGUGGAAGAAUAAACGUGCUAGUUUUACUAGCCCGAGCAAACUCGUAUGAGCCUUCAACAACUGGUCGCUGAAAGUGUGUCCAAAAUUUUCCAAACUAAUUAGCAAGAAUACAUCAGUGUCAGCCUCCAACGUGUGUGUACAGUAUCCAGCAUAUCUGGUCAAAACGCACGAGCACACCUGUGUGAGCCUUAAAAUACUUAGCCCCCGUUGUUUUAAAGUACAAUCAGCCUUUCAAAAAGUGCCAAGAGCAUACCUGUGUGAGCCUCCGUCUUUUGGUCGUAACGUAAACCGCACAGUGAUUAUACGACAAUUACCAAGCCUAGCCCAUGCAGUGUACCAAACUACAACAGCGUGUCAACAGGACUCAAUACAUUUAGUAAGAUCGAAAUCAACGCUACACGGCAGCCAGCAGCUGUUCAAAGCAGCAGUUGUGACAAAGUUUCAAAACGUGAAAUUAAUGCAACAAAGUAACCAUGGAUAAAUUGAAAGCGCAAGGCAAACGAUUAAAGGUAGCCUAACACGCAUAUACAACGUAUGUGCCGAUCAAAAGACAACGGCGGAGGGUAUAAGAGUUCGUGCAGAAAGAGCGGAUGACUUGUUUAGAUAGUAUGAAAGAAUUCAUCUAGAAAUCGACGUGUUGGCUACCACUAGAGAACAGCAGGCAGAAGAAGAAGUGUACCGCACUGAGGUGGAAGAGAAAUAUUUCGCUAUUAAAACAAUUUACACGCGUUUAAUGCAACUUUCUGCGGGAAAUGAUACUGCUAUUGACCAUCAAGCGAUAUAUCGAUCGCAGUUCAGAACCUACUAGAGCAUCAGACAACAAUGGGUGCAUUAAUCGAACGAAUGUUUGUGACAGUGGGAUAGAAAAUGGUUCAAGCCCAAUAAACGCCAGCAACUACACACAACAACAACACAUCCAACAUGAAAUGCGUUUGCCACGCAUUCAGAUACCAGAAUUUGAUGGCAAAUGUACGGACUGGAUCCGUUUUCGCGACUUAUCCGAGACACUUGUACACAACAGACAAAACAUUUCCAAUAUUGAGAAGCUAGAAUAUUUGCAAACGAAAGUUCGAGGGGAAGCACUUUCGCACAUCAAACAUUUAAAACCAGCCAAUGCAAAUUACGAUUUUGCCUGACAGCUAAUUAAGAAAAAAUAUGAUAAGUCCGACAAAGUAAAGAGAGCUUAUUUUGAACUUUUAUGCGAUCAACAUGCAAUGAAGUCUGCGUCAACGGCAGAAGCUAAGCGACUAUAUAAUACAACCAACGAAAGUAUAAAUGCGUUAAAAGUGCUUAAUGAACCUGUUGAACAUUGGGAUUCAAUUUUAUUGCUGAUGUUAGAGAAAAAGCUUGACGCCGAGACGCGUGUUUUGUGGUAUAGGGAAAAGAAAUCUGAGGAAGAGCAAUCGAUUCAAGAUUUCUUGAACUUCCUGGAGAAAAGACUUUACGAGUUGGAAAACACCCAAAAGACUACAGCGGUCAAUACAUCUCGAAGUGGCAUCGGCGACAAGCGCAACCAAGCGCGCACGCUUUCAACAAUGCUACAUACAUGUGUUCUUUGUUCAAAGCAGCAUCAGCUUUAUCAAUGUAAGCAGUUCCUAGAUAUGGAAGCGAAUGCGAGACGCAAUCUGGUUCAGAGGAGCAACAUCUGCUUUAACUGUCUGCAGCCAGACCACCGCGCAUCAAACUGUAAGAGAUCAUCGUGUAGAAAAUGUGGAGCAAAACACAACUCCCUGUUACAUACAACAUCAGCAGCAAGUGAUGUUCAGCUGUCAGCAGUCAAUACGAACGUAGAGCCAUCUAUUGUCAGUGCAAAUAUCACACAGCAGAGUCAGCGGUCUAUCACAUUGCUGCCAACAGCGAUUGUCGUGCGCAAUAGAUGCAACGAGUUGAACCCAUGUCGCGCUUUGCUGGACUCAGGGUCACAAGGCACGCUUAUAACCGAAUCAUGCAUACAACGACUGCAACUGAAACGAGGCUUUGAUAGAACUAUGCUAUAUGGGAUCGGUUCAGUCAAUGGAAGUCACACUAGAGGAAGGGUUGAAUUGCAUAUCGAGGCGAUACAAUAUGACACCAUAAUUAGAACUGAGGCAUUAUGCUUGCUUAAUUUAACUCACACAUUGCCUCCAUGCGAUAUAACCCAUCAGAGUUUGGCAUUUUUCAAUGAAGUUAAUCUUACAGAUCCAUCAUAUUCGAAACCUAAUAAAAUCGACAUCAUACUUGGCGCAGAUGUCUUCACUAGCUGUUUACUGCCAGAGAAGUUGACUCAUCCUAGCGGUUCACCGACUGCAGUCAACACAAUUUUCGGUUGGGUUAUAAUGGGUAAAAUAAAGGGAGCAGACGAGCAACACAUUGUAACUGCACAUACAUGUGUGGAUUUAAGUCAGCAACUUCAACGCUUCUGGGAAGUUAAAGCUCUACGAGAACCGAUGAAUUACCUGACAGAUGAAGAGAAAAAAGCGGAAAUACAUUUUCAACAACAUACUCAUCGCGAUGAGCAAGGCAGGUACGUUGUUAGGCUUCCGUUGAAAGAGGAUGAGGUUAAACUAGGGGAAUCACAGUCUGCUGCGCUUAAACGACUCAUUUCAGUGGAGCGUCAAAUCGAUGGUGAUGUGCAACUCAAGAAAGAAUAUGGGAAAUUUAUGGACGAUUAUUUAUAGUUGGGGCAUAUGGAUAUUAGCAGCACGGUAAACGUACACGGAACGUACUUCAUACCACAUGACGCAGUAUUCAAAAGAACAUGUGCCACAACAAAACUACGAGUAGUGUUCGACGCAUCCUGCAAUAGUUCAAAUGGAUUGUCACUCAACGACAACUUGUUAAUCGGUCCAACAAUACAAAGUGAUCUUUUCGAUAUCAUAUGCAAAAUCCGGAAAUGCCGGCGAUAUUGAGAAAAUGUACCGACAGGUAUUGGUACAUCCAGAUGACCGGCCUUUGCAGCGAAUAUUGUGGAUACGUUCCAUGGAAGAACAUAUUGCUUACGAUCUUCGCACCGUAACGUUUGGCACGGCAGCUGCACCUUUCUUAGCGAUUAGGACACUGCAGCAAGUGGCAUAUGACUACUCUGAUGAAAAUCCUGACACAGCAUCUGCAAUAUCGAACAAUUUUUAUGUACAUGAUUUCUUGGCAUGUGCUCCCACGUCAGUAGGAGCAGUGAAGCUAAAGAACGAUGUGUGUUCAAUAUUAUCUGAGGCAGGAUUCAAGCUACGUAAGUGGUAGUCAAAUUCGAGAAGGUUCUUGGGUACAAUUGACAUAGAUGAUUGUCAAAAAUCUCCUGAUGCAAUUAUCGACACCACAAGCGCCGUAAAAACACUUGGUUUGCUUUGGGAGACUUAAACAGAUAGCUUCAAGUACAACGUGGCCUUUGAAGACAUCACAUUAACCGUGACAAAACGUAAAGUACUAUCGGAUAUCGCCAGAAUAUUCGACCCAAUCGGAUGGAUUGCUCCGGUCGUUAUUAAAAUGAAGAUUUGUAUGCAAAAAUUAUGGCUAAAGGGCGUAAGUUGGGAUGAAGAGCUACCAUGUGAGCUAUACAGCGAAUGGUAUGAUUAUAGGCAGAACAUCAACAGAAUUUCAAAACUUCGUAUACCAAGGUGGCUUGCUUUCACUGAUGACAGCAUUGUUGAGUUGCAUGGGUUCUCGGACGCGUCCGAAGUAGCAUUUGCAGCAGCGGUUUAUGUGCGUAUACAGCGGAGGGAUGGCGAGGUGUUCACCUACUUAAUUGCAGCUAAAACCAGGGUAGCUCUGGUAAAGCAAAUCACGUUAACGCGGCUUGAGUUGUGCCCUGCACACUUGUUGGUGAAGUUAAUAGUCAAAGUACGACAAUCUUUAAGUUUCGAAGUAGUUGACGUGGUUGGUUGGACAGAUUCGUCAAUUGUUUUGGCGUGGUUGGCAGAUCAUCCUCGCCGCUGGAAAACCUUCAUUGCAAAUAGAACUUUCCAAAUAAUAGACGUCAUACCAGCUGAGCAAUGGCAUCAUAUACCGUCACAAUACAAUCCGACAGACCUUGCUACAAGGGGAAUUUGGCCUGCAGAGCUUGUAACUUGUAAAUUAUGGUAGCAAGGACCUGACGUACUGAUACAUAAAUCAAUGUCACAUAUCGAGAAGCCAUCUACGUCACCGAAUGUCGGCAUGGAAGAACGAAAGGCGGUUCAGUCACAUACAGCUAUCAUACAAAGUUUUGACCUAAUUGAGAGGUAUUUAAAAUACACGCAUCUUUUACGCAUCACUGCACUUCUGUUACGCUUUGUACACAACUGCAAAAGUGGUAGCUCCAAGCAACCGAAAACAGCUACCGGGAUUUCAACCAACGAGCUGCAGCACGCCCAUAACGUAUUGGUGAGGAAAGAGCAAAGAACAUACUUUACACAAGAGAUACGAUUACUAUUGAAAGGUAAGUCUCUACCUAUGUCAAACAAACUGACGACUCUUGCACCUUUCAUCGAUAACGGUGGCCUACUUCGGGUUGGAGGCAGGAUUGUAAACGCUAACAUCAACUGCGACCAGAAGCAUCCUUUAGAUAUCCACAAAGACAGCCAUUUGAACCGACUUAUCGUGAUGUAUUCCCAUCUGAAGCACCUACACGCUGGAAGUCGUCAACUUCGUUACUUGCUUAGACUAAGAUCCCAAGGGGUACAUACACAAUUAAACGAUGUGUUUUUAAAUGUGCAACGUGUACGAAAGUACGUGGAAUAGCUUACCAGCAACAGAUGGGUAAUCUUCCUCCACAUCGACUAAACCCAGGUGCAGCCUUUCUCAAUACGGGUGUAGAUUAUGCCGGGCCGUUACAGGUGCGUUCCUGGAAGGGACGAGGGUCUAAGCUAUACAAAUAUUGGAUCGCGCUCUUUGUGUGCCUGUACAUAUCGAGCUUGUUACGGAACUGUCAACUGGGGCCUUUAUCGCAUCGCUUCGUCGGUUUGUCGCCAGGCGCAGAAAGCCCCUGCACUUGUUUUCGGACAACGCCACAAAUUUCGUGGGGGCCAAUCAGCAGUUGCGCGAAUUCUUGUUUGCAUCCACAACAAAAGAGGGCAUUUCAAAGGAACUAGCGGAUCAGCAGAUACAAUGGCACUUUUCACCACCCUCUGGCCCACAUUUUGGUGGGAUAUGGGAGGCUGGGGUAAAGUCAGUUAAGUACCACCUCAAACAAGUUUUAACAGAAGCAGCAAUAACAUAUGAGGAAAUGUCUACAGUACUUUGCCAAAUUGAAUUUUGUCUGAACUCUCGGUCAAUGUGCAUCAAAUUCGAGGGAGAUGUCGAUCCAUUAACUCCGGCCAAUUUUUUGAUAUUCCGUUCACCACAUACAAUGCCCGACGAAAACUUGGUCAAUUUAAAGGAGAAUGCGCUCAACAGAUGGCAAGACCUUCAGCGACUGGUUCAAGAAGAAGUGGUCUGUAGAAUGCAUACGCCAGUUGCAGCAACGACCAAAGUGGGCACAAAAACUUAAAAAUAUAACCAUUGAUGACGUUUUGGUCAUAAAGGAUGACAACCUUCCUCCAUCAAGUUGGGCAAUAGGAAGAAUCGUUGAGACACAUCCUGGACCUGAUGGUCUCGUUCGAGUAGUUACCGUAAAGACAGCAAAAGGAACAUUCAAAAGACCAGUAGUGAAGCUGUGUCCAUUGUUUCUGGAUCAUUGAAAGCAGGUGCUUUUCAGAGGGGCCGGAAUGUUUAGAAUAUUUGAUAAAUUGGAAUAUUUAAUGUUCUUCCAAAAUUUCAGAGAUAUUUGGAAAAUUCUAGGAAGUAAACGAACUACAACUAACUUAAAGGAACGCGAGGACGGAGAGAGAAUUUUGGCGUUUUGACUUGUCAUUGUUUUUUUUAGAGCUUGGUGCCAAAAACGUGUAUAGAACUGUUAUGUAGAUUCAAUACACACUAGGUUAAUUUUUCAUAUGCAUUCAUAUUGGCUAGUUAUUUAUAAUUUACAGUCCACGUUUCUUUUUGCAAGACGAUUCUACGACAAAUACGUUUGUCUAAAUUAGAAAAGCUAAAACCUCAACAACCUAAAAAUCUAGGAAUAAAUCUAAACAACGAUUGGUUUGUAAAUAAAACAGCAAUAGAAUUUGAUGAAGAGUCGAAAUGGUUAUUAUCCCUGGGAAGAAAAUUCGCAUUACUGACAACAAAAACUAUUUCAAACCGGUACAAAUGAUAGCAGAAAUGGAACAAAUAAUACAACCAAUAGAAGACAAUAGGACCAAAGAAAUAGCAAAGAUGCAAGCUGAGUAAUUGGAUCAUCCAAUUCAAACGCAGCAUAAAACACAAUGCAGCUGAGAGAUUUAUUUUAGAAACAUUAAAUAAAACAAAAAUACUCUUAAAACGACACAAAAAUUAAAUAAGAGUAACGGGGGCAGACAGGGGAAAUAAAACGGUGGCACUUUACAAAGCAGACUAUGAGGAGAAGAUAAAAAACGACUUGAAGAUAAAAACACAUAGAAAACAAAAAGAAACGACCCAACAACAACACUACAGAGAAAAAACAAUGCCCUGGUUAUACAAAAGUGCAACAAUUAAUUUCAGAGAGAAACAACAGUUGGCAUGCGCCGCUGCGACUGCACCGAGACUUUACGGGUUGCCAAAAAUACGCAAACCAGACUUGCCUUUACGGCUAUGGAUAAAUUUUCCAAAUCGAACGAUGAAUUGGUGGAACUAGAAAAGGAAAAACUGAUGGCAAUGCAAGCUGCAGAAGGACACAAAAAGACAAACGGAUGGUGUUUUAGAUUUUUUAAAUAGAUUUUAAGGAAUAGUGUGUAAGGUAUCCUGAAUUUAAUACUUUUUUUACACAUUUAUUAGAUUAUAAAGAUAGUAUGUAAGGUCUAAUGAGUGAACUGUUUUUUUUUAGCUUUUAGAACUAUUUAAGAAAAUGGAAUCAAAUAUGUUGUGAGUUUUAUUUUCUUUUUUGUUUUAGAUUUUUAAAUAGAUGUUAAGGAAGUAGUAUGUAAAAUUUUGUGAUAUGAACUUUUUUGUUUUCAAUGUAAUAUAUAUUUCCUUUCUUUUAUAAACCGGUUGAAGGCUCUUUGGUUCUAUAUUAAGAAGAAAAAAAAAUGAAACUGAAAUAAAUGUAAUAAUAACUUACUGAAGUAUGAAGUGAAAGCAUUCCUUAUUGAUUCAGCUUCAGUUGCGCUUUGGUGCAAAUCUGCGUAUUGUGGUUGCCUUCUACUGCUGUCGUUAGCCUUCUGCUCAGUUAGCCAAGAAAGUGAAACUGGGUCAUUUUCCGCUAUCAAAAAGUUGUGCAAGACACAGCAAGUAUGGGCCUGUUCGAGGCACGUAAUAAAAGCGGCAAUACUGCAGCACUAAUGAAAAUUUGCAAUACUGUUGCAACUUCCCAACUGAUAAAACGUUGCUAGAAAUUCACACCGAACGUGAUACUUUAAUAAUUCGCGCAACACUGCGGUUGUGAUUGCAUCUCGAACAAGCCCUUUUUAUAAUAGAAUUCGCAUAGUCAAUUCUGUUAUGCCUUUACCAAUCCGGCGAAACCUAUAAUUGUACAUACACAGGUAUGGAUGUUAUUAGUUUUCAGUGUUGCCAGAAUAUUUUUGUACCCCAUCCCCAUAUCGGGCCGCAGUUAUCCCCAAAAAAUCCACAUUUUUCUUUUAAAUCCCCAUUUAAAUCCCCUUUAGUAAGAAAUAAAAA